AUGGGUAAAAGAAAAAAGUCAUCUCGCAAACCAGGUCCAACGAGACAAAAAGUUCCCCUCGAUACAACUUUCACAUGUCUUUUUUGCCACCAUGACAAGUCAGUGACCGUCCGAAUUGACAGGAAAGAAGGGAUUGGAUAUUUGGUGUGCAGGACUUGUGACCAGCGCUAUCAAGGCAAAGUUAAUCAUCUAACAGAACCUAUUGACAUAUAUUCCGAGUGGAUCGAUGCUGCAGACGACGCACAAAAAGCUGAAACGAUAGGCCGUCGGCCUGCCGCGUCCUCCAGCCGUCCAGUUGCUGUAACCAGAAGCCCAUCUCUCGAAGGCAGUGAUAUCGAGUGA